CCAAAGUUGCUGAUGAGAACCGUCAUUAAGAAGAAAGAACCAAGGCCAAACGGCCGGUGAGGAAGUGCAGCCCAAAUCCUGCACAAAAGGCGUGACCAAAAGCGACAUUGCAAGGCUUUGCUCGCACAAAAAAGACACGCUGCAAGCACAGCCGUUUUGGUACUCAAUAAAUGGUGCAGUUCUUAUCUUCCGUUCUUCAUCAUUAUCUCCUGUUUCCAUCUUUUAAAAGUGCCUUAAACAUCACAGUUUUCACAGCAAGGAAAAGAGAAAAAAAAAUGAUGGGGUUCAGUGAGAGUCCAUGGCUUGUUGCUCUGCUACUGAUGGUUUCGAUCGUGCAGUGCGUGAACGUGGCUCUAGGAUCGCAGCAAGUGCCGGCGAUGCAUGUCUUCGGGGACUCGGUAGUUGAUGUCGGGAACAACAAUUACCUCAACUCCUAUGCCAAAUGCAAUUACCCUCCUUAUGGUAUUGAUUACCCUGGAGGACCUUCUGGCAGAUUUUCCAAUGGGAAGAACAUCGCCGACAUGCUCGGAGACCUGCUGGGUUUGCCGAGUCCUCCGGCUUAUGCCGAUCCGUCUACAACUGGAGCGAAAAUCCUAGGGGGAGUAAAUUAUGCAUCUGCCGCAGCAGGCAUACUCGACGAGACAGGCCAACACUAUGGAGAGAGGUACAGCCUGAGCCAGCAAGUUCUGAACUUUGAGGACACCCUGAAUCAACUGAGGACCCUGCUGCCCGGAACGUCUUUGAGCCAUUACCUCGCUAGAUCCAUCGCCGUCGUGGUCAUCGGAAGCAAUGACUACAUCAACAACUACCUCUUGCCUCCCAUGUACUCUUCCAGCUACAGUUACACUCCCCCACAGUUCGCGAACCUCCUUCUCAACCGUUACGCUCGACAGAUUCUGGCACUGAACAGUGUAGGACUGAGGAAGUUCUUCCUAGCAGGAAUCCCACCGCUCGGCUGCAUCCCGAACCAGAGGGCCACCGGCCAAGCCCCCCAAGACCGAUGCGUCGACUCUGUGAACCAGAUGCUCGGGACCUUCAAUGAGGGGCUCAGGUCGCUCGUGCAGCAGCUGAACAGCAACCACCCCGGCUCAAUCUUUGUCUAUGGGAACACCUACAGCACCUUGGGCGACAUCCUAAACAAUCCCGCCACAUUCGGGUUCAGCGUCGUGGACAGGGCAUGCUGCGGAAUAGGAAAGAACCAAGGCGAAAUAACGUGCACUCCACUGAUUGCGCCGUGCACCGACCGGAAUCAGCACGUGUUCUGGGAUGCGUAUCACCUGACGCAGGCUGCCACUUCGGUGCUCGCCCAGAGGGCUUUCUAUGGCCCGCCGUCGGACUCUUACCCGAUCAACAUCCAGCAACUGGCUCAGCUCUAGUGCAGCUCAUUUGGCUUUCUGGGUUCUCUGCUUGUGUGUGUUCUUUACUUAGCAUAUGUGCAAAUCUGUGGUGUUUUCCCAAAACUCAAACGCCAAUCCUCUUCGAUUAGAUCAACGCAUGUUCACUGUUGGCUACAGAAAAUCCAUAUCCCCUGAAGCACACAACAUCGAGUUAUUAUUUGCUUCCAGCA